AUGUUCAAGGUAAUUCAGAGGUCUGUGGGGCCAGCCAGCCUGAGUCUGCUCACCUUCAAAGUCUAUGCAUCACCUAAAAAAGACUCACCUCACAAAACUUCUGUGAAGGUUAAUGAGCUUUCACUCUACUCCGUCCCUGAGGGUCAAUCUAAAUACGUGGAGGAGCCAAGGACCCCACUUGAAGAAAGUAUUUCACAUCUCCGAUGUUACUGUGAGCCAUAUACAAGUUGGUGUCAGGAAAUGUACUCACAAACUAAGCCCAGGAUGCAGAGCUUGGUUCAGUGGGGGUUAGGCAGCUAUGAGUAUCUCCAAAAUGCACCUCCUGGAUUUUUUCCAAGACUUGGUGUUAUUGGUUUUGCUGGCAUUGUUGGACUUCUUUUGGCUAGAGGUUCAAAAAUAAAGAAGCUGGUGUAUCCACCUGGAUUCAUGGGACUUGCUGCCUCUCUUUAUUAUCCACAACAGGCCAUUGUAUUUGUCCAGGUCAGUGGGGAGAAAUUAUAUGACUGGGGUUUACGAGGAUACAUAGUCGUAGAAGAUUUGUAGAAGGAGAACUUUCAAAAGCCAGGAAAUGUGAAGAAUUCACCUGGAAAUAAAUAGAAUGCUCCAUGCUCUGCCCAUUUUAAU